UGCGCCGAACUGCUUCGAGACGGUUGGAAUUCCAGUGGCGUAUAUACCAUCAAUCCAGAUGGUGGCGAUUCGAUACAAGUGUUGUGUGACAUGACAACGGAAGGUGGAGGUUGGACUGUUUUUCAGAGACGUUUGGACGGCUCUGUUGACUUCUAUCGUGGAUGGGAAUCCUACAAAAACGGCUUUGGAAAUCUGAGUGGCGAGUUCUGGCUUGGAAACGACAAUAUACAUCGUUUGACAGACUCUGAUGACGUCAUGCUCAGAGUUGACUUGGAAGACUUUGAAGGGAACAUCACCUACGCUGAGUACACGACUUUUAAGGUGGCAGACGAGGCCGACAAGUACCGGCUUUUGAUUAGAGGAUACAAUGGUACUGCUGGUGACUCUAUGGCUGAGGGAUAUUCCGUAAGCAAUAUGCAGUUUUCUACAAAAGAUCAAGACAAUGAUUAUCGUAAUGACCUACCCAGCUGCGCCCAACGUUUUAAGGGAGCCUGGUGGUACAGAAAUUGCCAUUGGUCCAAUCUGAACGGAUUGUACCUCAGUGGUCCCCAUGCCACUUUUGCUGAUGGAGUCAAUUGGUACACCUUUAGGGGGCCUCGUUACUCACUAAAACGUACCGUGAUGAAAGUAAAAACGAAGGCAUAA